GCAACACUUAGUUAUUUUGUAUUCGGCACUCAUUAAAAUUUUUGCAUCAGAAAAUGGAUACCUCCCUUUGUGCCAGAGACAAGUGAUGUCAAUCUUUGACCUGCCCACAAAAACAACUGGCUAGUCUUCUCCACUAUUUCAUACGAGAGAGAGAGUGGGGCGGGGGAGAGCUCUUGUGCCUUCUUGUGGAAGGGAAGUACUUUUUCCGUCUCUCUCUCCCUCCCCGUUGGUUCAAGACCAGACCAGACCAGAGCAGAGAUGACUUCUGCCUCAGGAAAUGCAACAGGCUUGGAAAUUCUUCUUUCAACACUCAAGAGUUCGCAUGAUGUGCAAAAUACUCUCAGCAUCCUGCAAAUUCUGGAUGAAUUGCUGUCGGCAGGGACAGUCAAACGGAUCCGUUACAUGAUUUCCAAGGGAGGCAGCGAGGCACUGUUACACACACUAAUUAACAUGAGUAGAAUAUUUCCUCCAAAUUACGAUGUCCUCUUGCCUCUAAUGCACUUGAUCAUCAAAGUUGGACAAAGAGACAAGAGAUUUGGACAGAAAGCUCAAGAAAUUGGAGCCAUUAAUGAGACCUUGAACCUGCUGAAGCACAGUCUACCACAGCCCAAGUACGUCACUCCCUGUUUGUGGGUUCUCAAGAUCUAUGCUUCAAGUGUUGUAACUGGUGCUACGCUCGGUAAGAGUGGAAUUACAAGACUGCUGUUCAAACUGAUAUCUCCAUAUACAACCAGGAACACAAAGGCUGUAAGAGCAGCCAUUGAAGCUCUUUCAGCUUUACUGAAAUCAAAAUGGAACUGCAGGAAAGCGGUGGACAAUGGAUACGUCCAUAAGCUCCUGAAGGUGUAUCAGGACUGGCACCAACGCGAUACACAGAACAAGUUCAUCCCCAUUCACAAAGCUCUCCUCAACUGCAUUAAGAAUAUCACAAACAUCCAGAUUGGGAAGGAAGCCUUUCUCCAGGCAAAUGGGAUGCGAAUCUUGCUCAGAGCCUCACAGGCUUAUGGCACUAGUGCAGGCCUGCAGCCUGUUGUCAAGUUGGCGACACAAGUCAUGCGGAGGUGUCAUCCCAAACAGCCUCUCCCUUUGCUCACAGCUAGAAGUUGCUAUUCAUUUGUACUCCCGAAUGCAGCAGACUCCCACCCACUGGACCUUCCCAACACGGUUCCUCAAGAGGUCAUUGCAAUGAAAGAUGAUGAUGAAGAUCAGGAUGAUGAAGAUGACAUUGGGAAUGAAGAACCAGCAUGUAAUGAAGAUGAUGACGAUCUUGAAACAGAUUUAACAAGACUGAGGCCAAAUCCACAACUUGAUAGACCCGUGGAGGAGCUGAAACAAUACGAAAGACUUUGCCCAGAACUUAUUGGAUAUUUUCAGAAUUUGGACACAACAUCAGAGGAACAAAAUAGAGAUGGGGUUAAUGUAUCAGGUUCAGCAUUCUUCGCAACUUCCCCCUCUCAGAGACACAAGAAUCCUAAACAGUGGCAAAAAGGUAUUAUUGCAGAAGCCUUACCAGCCCUGCACAGCUCCAUUGGGUACAGAAGAACUCAUCAGAUAUCUUCAGGUUCAUCUGACAGUAGGGAAGAAAGUGAUUCCAAGUGGUUGACAGAGCAUUCUCUCAUCCAGGAUUCAAGCAGAAUUCCCGUAGGACCAAGUGGUGGAUGUACUUUGAAUCCUUCAAAACAUAAAAUUGAGAAGAUGCAUCAGUGUAUGCAGAGGCCCAGUGUGAAUUCAUCAAAAACUUGCAUUCAAAAUGUGAUUGGUGAAGACAGAUCUCACCUCUUCAGCCAGAGCCGGUCUAUUGACAGCAAGCAAAAUGGUCAGGACACUGGCUGUAAGCUUUUGGAAAUGCGUAGGGAAAUAGUUCCAUUCCACGAUCCAUAUGUUUACACCACUAUGGCAGAGAAAACAAAAUCAGCCUCCGAUUACAAAACUCUGGCAUUUCCUGAUUAUUGGGGUCACAUCUCUCCGCUCUAUCAGGAGCCACUGACCGGCCAGUGGUCCGGACAUCAGAGGGAUAAGAUUUUUGAAGAUAUUCAACGUUUAGUCAGUCCUGGAGAUACUUUAAACAAGGUCGUUUUUGAUGUUGAAAGUCUUCCAUUGGUUACAUCGGAAGAUGACAAUUCCCUGAAGUUCUACUCAAAUUUUGAGUCUGGCAAUCUUCGCAAAGCGAUCCAAAUUUGCAAGUAUGAAUAUGAUUUGAUCAUGAAUGCCGACAUUAACACAGACCUUCAGCACCAGUGGUUUUACUUUAAGCUCAGUGGCAUGAAGGCUGGAAUUCCCUACCGAUUCAACAUCAUUAAUUGUGAGAAGACCAAUAGUCAGUUCAACUACGGUAUGCAGCCAGUGAUGUACUCUGUCCAUGAGGCAUUGUGUGGAAGACCGCAUUGGGUUCGUGCAGGUUCUGAUAUCUACUAUUACAAAAAUCAUUAUUGCAGAUAUAGCGCAGCUGCAAGAGGGCAGAAGGAAACAUCAUUCUACACCUUGACAUUCACUGUCACUUUCCUACACUUGAAGGAUGUCUGCUACCUGGCAUAUCACUAUCCGUACACCUACUCGACACUGAUGACCCACCUGCACCUCCUCGAGGAGUCACUGAAUCCUGACCAGGUUUAUUUUCGACACCAGACACUGUGUUCUACACUGGGGGGUAACAGGUGCCCAGUGAUCACAAUUACUGCAGGCCCUGGAUCCCAACGUGAGGAGUUGCAUCAAUUUUGGAAUCGGCACUAUGUGGUACUGACAGCUCGAGUCCACCCUGGAGAGAGCAAUGCCAGCUGGGUCAUGAAGGGCACACUGGAAUUCCUAGUGAGUAAUGACCCCAUUGCUCGCAGUCUACGGGACUCCUACAUCUUCAAAAUCAUUCCUAUGCUAAAUCCUGAUGGGGUUAUCAAUGGCUGCCAUCGCUGCUCUUUGAGUGGAGAGGACCUGAACAGGCAGUGGUCAGAGCCAAAGCCUGACCUUCAUCCGACUAUUUAUCAUACUAAGGGGCUCCUCAACUACAUGAGAAGUAUUGGCAAGACCCCACUGGUUUAUUGUGACUACCAUGGACAUUCAAGGAAGAAGAACGUCUUCAUGUAUGGCUGCAGCAUUAAGGAGACACUGUGGCAGGCAAGGUCCAGUGUUGACACAGCAACGUUGAAAGAGGAUAUUGGAUAUCGGACCAUUCCCAGAGUUCUGGACAAGAUCUCCCCAGCAUUUGCCAUGAACCGCUGCUGUUUCUUGGUCCAGAAGUCGAGAGAAGCGACAGCGCGGGUGGUGGUUUGGAGAGAGAUUGGGGUUCUCCGAAGCUACACAAUGGAGAGCACUUACUGCGGCUGUGAUCAGGGCAAAUACAAUGGUCUGCAACUUGGAACCCGGGAGCUGGAAGAAAUAGGAGCUAAAUUCUGCACGGGGCUCUUGAAGUUAAAGAAAGAGGAAUGGGCAUGUAGCAAACAACUGAUAACUGAAGAUGACGCUGUACUUGAUUUUGAUAAUGAGCUCCAGAAUGAUAGGCACAUGAGACACAGUGAUGGGAGUGUAGAUGAUGAGCCACCGUGCCCAGAAGAAAUAGAUUAUGACACAGACAGUUGCACAGAGGAAGAUGAUGACUCCAUUGACCUUGCUGCUGAGCUUGAUUUGAGCUCUGGGGAUGAGCUCGAGCUUGAUAAGAAGUGACUCUCCAUUACAGAAUCUGGGAGUGGACACCCAAACAUCGCAAAAUGGACUACUACAUUGCCAUUCUUGUCACCAGUGAUAUCCAAACACAAGAGAGCUUCGGCAUGGAGCAAAGAUACCUUGUGACUGCAAUUUUCCCCUUGCUGUUCUGAAAUGAUCCGAACAUUGUCUGUACAAACUGCUUUGGUUGUGAUAAUGUUACGCAGUAUUUUGCUAUCCUGUAAGUCAUAGUUGUAGUGUGGAUUCCCACUGAACUCCCUAUAAUGGUUGUUUAGAGGUCUCACAGAUCUGUGGAGAACCCUGAGCCCAGCAUUCCUUAUCAUUUCCUGUCAAAGAUGGUGGUGUUAGGCUGAGGAGGGGCCUGCAAGAACAGGGCUUUGGCAUUUAUUGGCAAUCAUGUAGUGCACCCCAAUUGUAAUCAUUAGCAUCUUGAUCAUGCAACACAGAGGCUUCAGACAGCUGAAUGCAACCUGGAUUUUACAUUUUCAAUUGCAGAAGAGACUAAAGGUUCUUUCCUGGGGUGAUGAGAGUAUAGACAAUGAACCUCACACCCACAUUGGUGCAGCCACAGCCUCCCACACCAGCUUCCAGAGGUCCUACUCCAUUUCCUGCUCUCACUGAGGGAUUGUGACAGGUUUCAAUGUGGGGUCACAGUGAGAAAAUGUUUGGGAAGCUGUGCCUUAAAUGAGGAGCAGUUAGGCUAUCAGCAUGAAAACGUUUAAGUAACAUGAACAUGGGAACUAGGCAGGAUGAGGACUUUGAUCACUGAAGCUGAGAGAGCUGAGUUACUUUUAUUUUAAAGUUUGUUAUGAAUUGGGCUAAACUCAGUCGGCUUGGGCUACAAUCUAUUUGUCAGCCCCUCGCCGUGUUUUUAAGUUUUCCUGCAGAUUCACACAAGGAAGACAAUGUGGGAAAAGGUAUCACACUUGACCAGAGCUCCAUGAAAACCGUUGCUGCCUCAUUAGAUAGCUUGAGACACCAAAAUCUCCUUAUUGUUCAUGGGAAAGCAGUUCAGAUUCAUGCGUUUUGUGCUGAGUGUAGGAUUAAGGCCGUAAAAGUUCUGUCAGUUGGUGCACACUGGGGAGCGAUCUGAUUGAUUUUCUGACUUCCAACUGCGGAAGAACUGUUUGUUUUUAACCCCAAGGUGUUACAGAGUUGUUGAAGCUUGUAAGCUUCAUUCCUCAUGCUGUUAAUCCCCCCUGGUCUGGUGUUUUGCCCGUGUCUCUCUGACAACUAUCCCCUUUCUGGCCAUCUUCCACAGGAAGGGGAGUGUUGGCGGACGAUUGAGGGUGAGGGUGGGGUUGGUGUUUUGGAAGCUAAAUGUGAAAAGGUGUUGAUCCCAGAAAACAUUGAGGACCUCGAGCGAUACACAAAGGUUGGAGAACUGUGAAAUCCCUCACUGAUUGCUGAAGGCUGUAAUGGAAAGCAAUCCAAGUUGACAUCAAGUGAUUAUUUAUCCUCAUAGGUGUUGAGGAGCCAGAGAGAGACAAAGGAAAAUGCCAUGACCCCAGAUAAGCAUGCAGAAUCUGCCCUGCUGCAAUCAUUGCUGGGCAAGACCUCCAAGAUGUGCAGAAUCAACACAACUUUUUCUUUCUCUCAGAGUCUUCCAAGAUCCAGAGUCUGCUCUAUGGAACAGGGUGAGAUGUGCUUAUAUUUCUUCUCCAAAGGUACAUGGGGACUACCCUGCGAUUAGCAGCCUUAACUGGUUGACACUCCUGCAGCUAGAUGUGCUACGUAUCAGCAAAUCCUCAUGUUCUGUGCCAAGUGAAGCUUACAGCUGACGUCACUUCCCUGUCCUUCCUGCCUAACCUGGACCAGGAGACGAUUUAUAAUGAAUAAUAAACAUAUGUAAGUUAACUUUUCUGAUAUAGAUUGCACCCACUGUCCUCUGCUUCAAAAAUGGGCCCCAGCCUUGGUGCGCGGUGACGUCCUUGGGCAGUCCCUGCUCCCCUCCUUUUACCAAUUUACAUCCACCCUGACAUCACCCAGCACAGGUCUAUUUCAUUUUCCUGGUGUUAAAUACACACGCACAUGAGGCCUUAAAAGUGAAGGUCACUGGUUUAAUGUCAUUUUAGUUCUGCCUAUUUAAUUCUUGUGGAAUCAUGGCCAUUUGGGUCUGUAUGUGCUGUCACAUCCUUUUAUCUAUAACUGGAUUUCUAAUCAGCCAUCUCAAACUUGUUUUAUACAGUGUUAAAGAAUAUUUCCUUGAUUAUCCGCUAGCCUUUUCAUUUUUCCUUUUAGCCCUAUCUGUACCCUCCAUUUUCCCUCUUUAAUUCCUACAAUCCUUUCAAUUUAUUUUGGGAUUGUUAACACGGGUUUUAUCAGAUCUCUCCCCUCAGUCUGAUUUUAAAUCCCUCUCCUUCUUGGGAGCUUUUAUUAUGCUGCACAUUCUUAUUGUCGGAUAAGAGUUUAUUUAUUUCAUACCUCACCAGAUUUGAAGAUUCCCUGUGGCUGAGCUGUUGUCCAUCCAUCCUGCCUGUGGAGAAACAUAACAUGUUCAAAGAGGGAGACUGGUGCAUUCAGAUAUACACAAAAAGAUUCACAUUUUCAAGACAUUAUAUCAUAGAAUUCCCCAAAUUGGGCCUCUCAGGUCUGCGCUGGCCCCCUGAAAAGUAUCCCACCCAGAUCAGGCCCACUGCCCUGUCCCCAUAACCCCACAUUGUCAUGGCUAACUCACCUAGCCUGCACACCCCUGGACACUAUGGGCAAUUUAGCGUGGCUAAACCACCUAACCUGUGUAUCUUUGGCCUGUGGCAGGGAACUGGAGCACCCAGUGAAAACCAGAGCACCCAGCGGAAACCCACACCGUAACGGGGAGAAUGUGCAAAUUCCAUACAGACAGUCACUCAAGGCCAGAAUCGAACCCAUGUCCCUGGCACUGUGAGGUAGCAGUGUUAACCACUAAGCCACCACGCCACUCUAAUAUCCAUGAGAAGAGCUUAGAAAUAGGAGGAAGACAAAGUCAUUUGGCUCCUCCAGCCCGCUCCACCAAUCCAUAAAAUUGUGGCUGAUCCAGUCUAGACCCCCGACCCCACUUGCCCACCUGUUUCCAAAAGCCUCCGGUACAAAACGCUGCCUUGAAUAUAUUCCCUGAUUCAGACUCUCCAUUGGAAGAAAUGUGAACUGGUUCAAAGGAACGCCAGCUGGGUUUAAUGUGGAGAAAUUGUUGGUCAUAAACAUUUGGAUUCGAAACAGGAAAUGUUUGUUGGGUUGUCAAUUAGCAUGGGAUGAAAGGAUAAGGACAUGGCAGUGAGUCAGUCGCUGGCAGUAAUGAGUCAGUGUGAAACUCUUAGCAGCUGGGCUAAUUAUACAGUCAGGCCUCAAAACUAUUAAGUGUGAACUGAAGCUGGUUAUUAUAAGUCUAUAUAAUUUGUUGGUUAGGAUGUUUGCAAUAUAAUGCAGGGUUUUGGGUGGCUUCUGUUUCAAAUGGGCACUGAAGCAAAGGGACGAGAGAAUGGCUCAGUCAUACUUAUUUUAAAAGAUAUAGAUAUUUACCAGGUUUAUGAGGUUCUGAGCAGUG